AUCAAUCCUACUUGGCUUCUUCUCUCCCAUUUCCCCCUCUCUUCUAUCAAUUAAUUAAUCCCAAUUCCCACCAUUAAAUCAUCGUCUUCAUAGCUUACUCCCGGUGUAUAUUAGUCUAACAAUACUCAGUAUUCCUGAAGGACGAGAAGGAAUUCUUGCGGAAGUGAAAUGGCGACCACAUCCGCUGCUGUUCUACACGGCCUGAGCUCCUCCUCCUCCCUCUCGGCCGCCGGCAAGAACCGCCACGCCUUCUGGACCGCUCCUCCCGCCGCCAGAUCCCGCGGUGCUUCCGCUUCCCGCAGGAGGCUGUUCGUUGUGGCGGCGGCCGCCGCCGCCCCUCAGAAGAAAUCGUGGAUCCCCGCCGUUAGAGGCGGCGGCAACCUUGUUGACCCGGAAUGGCUCGACGGAUCGCUGGCAGGGGAUUACGGGUUCGACCCGCUGGGUCUCGGAAAGGACCCGGCAUCCCUGAAAUGGUACAGGGAAGCGGAGCUGAUCCACGGCCGGUGGGCGAUGGCGGCGGCGGUGGGCAUCUUGGUAGGCCAGGCAUGGAGCGGCGUCCCGUGGUUCGAGGCCGGGGCGGACCCGGGAGCCGUGGCGCCCUUUUCCUUCGGCAGCCUCCUGGGGACGCAGCUCCUCCUCAUGGGGUGGGUGGAGAGCAAGCGGUGGGUGGACUUCUACAACCCGGGCUCCCAGGCCGUGGAGUGGGCCACCCCGUGGUCCAAGACCGCCCGGAACUUCGGCAACGCCACCGGCGAGCAAGGGUACCCGGGGGGGAAAUUCUUCGACCCGCUCUGCUUCGCGGGGUCCAUUCGGAACGGGGAAUACGUCACGGACUUUGAGAAGCUGGAGCGGCUGAAGGUGGCGGAGAUAAAGCACGCCAGGAUUGCGAUGGUGGCUAUGCUCGUCUUCUUCCUCGAGGCGGGGCAGGGGAAAACCCCUCUUGGAGCUCUGGGAUUGUAAUCUCUUUAUGUACAGUGAAAGGCUUUAACUUAAACCCUUCUGUGAUGUGAUUUCAAUGUACUUAGAAGUUAAAUCCCCCAAUUAUGUUAAGUGUCAAGUUAACUUUCAUCCCAUUUUCUCACAAACAUUUCAGGAAUAAAAGGAUUUUAUUUGAUUUCUG